AGGGACACGGUUCCGGCCUUUGUCUUUCGAGGUUCCGAAGCCACUGUUCCCAGUGGCUGGGGUCCCGAUGAUUCAGCAUCAUAUCGAGGCUUGUGCAAAGGCUGUGGGGCUGAAUGGCCUCCUCCUGUUCCUGUGUUCCUCUCUGUCUCUCUCUCUAGGUUCCAAAUAUGAAGGAGAUUUUACUGAUUGGGUUUUACCAGCCCAGUGAUGAAUUAAACCGUUUCCUCACGUCAGCACAGCAGGAAUUCAAAGUCUGUAUCAGGUAUCUCCAGGAGUACAUAGCUCUGGGCACUGGUGGUGGGCUGUAUCACUUCCGAGACCAGAUCCUGUUUGGAAACCCAGAGAAAUUCUUUGUCAUGAACACAGAUGUUUGCUGUGAGUUUCCCCUGAUGGAGAUGAUGGAAUUCCAGCAAGCUCGAGGUCACAUCAACUCAUUCGUCAUGUUGGGCACAACUGCAAACAGGAGGCAGUCAAUGAAUUAUGGCUGCAUUGUGGAGAAUCAACAGACACACGAGGUUCUUCAUUAUGUAGAAAAGCCAAGCACCUUUGUCAGUGACAUCAUUAAUUGUGGAAUAUACCUCUUCACCCCAGAUAUUUUCCAGUACAUUGGAGAAGUGUUCAAGAAAAACCAGCAGGAUCUCUCCAUAGAGGAGAACACAAAUGGCUGGCAGCGAGCUGAGGUUAUUCGCCUGGAACAAGAUAUCUUCACCACCAUGGCUGGCCGUGGCUUCCUCUACAUUUACAAAACCGACGGCUUCUGGAGUCAGAUCAAGUCAGCAGGGUCUGCCAUCUAUGCCAACCGACUGUACCUUAACCAAUACCAGAAAACCCACCCUGAUCGGCUGGCAAAGGAUGGACCAGAUGGUCCUAGAAUCCUUGGUAAUGUUUAUAUCCAUCCGACAGCGCACAUCGAUCCCACAGCUGUGCUAGGUCCAAAUGUCACCAUCAGUAUGGGAGUGACAAUCGGAGCGGGUGUUCGAGUCAGGGAGUCCAUCAUCUUACAUGGAGCCACGCUGCAGGACCACAGCUGUGUGCUGAACUGUAUCGUGGGUUGGGACAGCUCCAUUGGCAAAUGGUCAAGAGUUGAAGGAACCCCAAGUGACCCCAACCCCAAUGACCCACAUGCCAAGAUUGACAGCGAAACGCUGUUCAGCGAUGGGAAACUCAAUCCUUCAAUAACGAUACUUGGGUGUAAUGUCAGUAUUCCCUCCGAGGUGAUCAUCCUGAACUCCAUUGUCCUGCCUCACAAGGAGCUGAAUCGUAGCUUCAAGAACCAGAUUAUUCUAUAGCCAGAGCUCAGCUGAUUACUCAGGCCGUGAGCAAACAGUAACUGUUAGUCUCAGUAGAUACUAUCUGACUUGUGCCUACAACAUCGGACGUACAUGCACUGUACUGAUUUCAGCCUUGUUACUUUACAGACCUGUAGAAACCUACUCAGCUAUUCUUCAAUUACAGAAACCGGAAUUGGCUCUAAAUCCAAUCAAGCCCAAGCACCCAGUCCUGUGUCCUCUUCCCCCCCUCCCCCAUCACUGACUCUACCCACCCAUUUAAUCCCCCUCCACAGCCCCGUCUACACUCUCUUCCUUCCCCCAGUGCUGACCCCUCUCCAUUCCCCCAAAUGUAUCGAUCUGUGUUGAGCUCCUUGAGCCUGGUAUCUCCCACUGUUUGUAGUCACCCUUCAGUACUCUGCAGUUUACAGGCUUUGUUCGGGAGUGUAGCUCACUGUACCGUGGAGUUUCUCAGAUCCUGCUUCAAGUUUAUUUCCUCACUCUGUCCAGUUUCAACGAGUUUUGUUCAAACUCAGGUGCCACCAUUAUUGAAUCUUCCACUGUGUGAGGGAGAUAAAACAGGACGAAAUUGAUGGGGAAGUUUUGUAGGGGGGUGCUGUUGAAUUAGUGAAUAAAGAGAAUGACGCACUGUGCUUUUUCAGAGUAGUUUACAAAGUGACCUCUUUUACCGACCCUCCACCAAACACAAAACCAUGGAAACAGUCAGGGUAAUGGUAAUGGGGUAGGGGACCCAUGUUUGUGAAAUCACAGAGAGCAAGCCUCUGCUCAGAGGUUGGUUGGGGGUGGGGGGGGGGGGGGUGGGGGCGCGGGGGGGAAGUGGGGGAAAGGAUCAGGCCCACUCUCUUUGCUGUGUGUUAUAGGUUUGAAAAAUCUGACUCCAAACCUCAGGCUAAUUCUAGUACGCACUACCCUGUCUACCACUGUCCCACUGCACCUUCACCAUAUGUACAGCUGCAGUAGACAGCACAGAACUAGAUACAUGUCAUAAUCAGUCUCCCUCAGCCCCACUGCUCCUAAAUUCAGAGAUGAGCAUCCACUGGACUGGAAGCUGUGAUUGGGUCUUAGCUCCUGUACUCUGGCAUCUUCUGCUAAUCAUGUUCAAAUAACAGCAACUCCACAUGGUAGAUGGACUCUAACCAGCAAGCUCAAAGCCUGGUCCUAAAGUAAGGAGCUAAUCAUGUUCAAAAGUGGGAGGUUUCAUUUUCUGUUCAUUGAGUCACUUUCCAGCAACAGGAAUGCUGCUGGUUUCCAAAAGGAAUUGGCGGAGGUGGGGUACUUGAAGGUGGAGAGUGUCUUUGUUGGGAGUUUGAAAUCUGCUGCGUGGCAGUGAUAGGGGUAGCAGUGGUGGGAGUUGGUUAGCUCAUUUAGCUGGUCAGCUGGUUUACAGUGCUGAGUGCCACAACAGCCUGGGUCAAUUGGCUGAGGCUACCACGAAGGACACUCCUUCUCAACCUUUCCCUUCACUUCAGACGUGGUGACCCUUAGGUUAAACCACCAUCAGUCUCCUACCACAACUCAGCUCAGCCCUAUCUGUAGUCUUCUUGGACUAUGCUGACUUAAGCUUAAGUGGUAGGAAAUUCAGUGGAAACUCAGACAGCAAGGAGAAGAUUUAGAGAGCCUAGGAAAGAGCAAGCAAAUGAAACUAAACUUUAAGUCAAGUAGGAAAUUUGGGCCUUGCUGGCUGGACCAUAGAAUCAGCUGUACAACUCAGAAAUAGACCCUUCGACAGAUGAGAUAUCCUAUAUAAAUCCAGUCCCAUUUGUCAGCAUUUGGCCAUAUCUCUCUAACCCCUUCAUGUACCCAUCCAGAUGCCUUUUAAAUGUUGUAAUUGUACCAGCCUCCACCACUUCCUCUGGCAGCUCAUUCCAUCCACACACCACCCUCUGAAAAAGUUACCCCUCAGGUCCCCUUUAAAUCUUUCCCCUCUCACUGUAAACCUAUCCCCUCUAGUUUUGGACUCCCAAACCCUGGGGAAAAGACCUUUCUUUUUACCCAAUCCACACAUGAUUUUAUAAAUCUCUAUAAGGUGACCCCUCAGCCUCCAACACUCCAGGGAAAAUAGCCCCAACCUAUCAAGAGAUAGUAGGAACUGCUGAUGCUGAAGAAUCUGAGAUAACAAAGUGUAGAGCUGGAUGAACACAUGGAUUGGGAUGAACACAUGGAUUGCUGGGCAAUAGGAACCCUGCAGCCCAAUGGUAUCAAUGUGGACCUCAAGCUUCAAAAUCUCCCCUCACCCUACCGCAUCCCAAAAUCAGCCCAGCUUGUCCCCGCCUCCCUAACCUGUCCUUCCUCCCACCUCAAGCCCCACCCCCAUCUCCUACCUACUAACCUCAUCCCGCCCCCUUGACCUGUCUGUCCUCCCUGGACCGACCUAUCCCCUCCCUAACUCCCCACCUACACUCACCUUUGCUGGCUCCACCCCUGCCUCGGACCUGUCUGUCUCCUCUCCACCUUCUAUCUGCCUCCCCCUCUCUCCCUAUUUAUUUCAGAACCCCCUUCCCCUCCCCCAUUUCUGGGGAAGGGUCUAGGCCCAAAAAUGUCAGCUUUCCUGCUCGGCCUGCUGUGUUCAUCCAGCUCUACACCUUGUUAUCCCAACCUAUCCAGCCUCUCCCUAUAACUCAAACCCUGGCAACAUCCUUGUAAAUCUUUUCUGAACCCUUUCUAGUAUCACAACAUCCUUCCUACAGCAAGGAGACCAGAAUUGCAUGCAAUACUCCAAAAGUGGCCAAACCAAUGUCCUGUACAGCUGCAAAAUAACCUUCCAACUCAUAUAUUCAAAUGCACUGACCAAUAAAAGGCAAGCAUACCAGACACCCACCUUCACUAUCCUGUCUACCUGCACUUUGCCCAUCAAGGGCAAAUAGGAUGGGUGAGUGCUUCACUCAUGUCUGUCCUCACUGUUUAAAGAUAGAAAUAGGAGGCGGCCAUUCAGCUCAAGAGAGUGUGUUCCAUCAUUGAACAAUGUUAGGGUGCGAUACCCUAACCCUAUCGCAGGGUGCAGCCUGGUUUAUGCCACUAAAACUCCAGUACAGAACCACACCAAAAUCAGAUUUUAAACGUUGGUCACUGAUGGUUCAAGUUUAAUUCACCACGCUAUACUACAGGAAAGGCAACUUGAAAAAGGAGACAGGCAAAUCAUUUAUCAAUGCUAACAUUUUAUUUCACACUGUUUGGCAGAGUCUCAAUAAACUGUUACUCCCAGA